AGAAGAUCCCGUCGAUUCUCGCGCGGCGGAGCUCUCACUCUCAGCCACCGGAUCUGACCGGUGGACGGCUCUGCCCUCAUCACGCCCCCACUCCGCCACUCACACAGCCUCCCACCUAAACCCCUGCCCUGUCUCCGGCUCCCCUCCCCCACCCAACCUCGGGAGCACCGGACGCCCGCACCAAGGAACCCGGCGGCGGCAUCGCCGCGUCCUCUGCUCGUGUAAUGGAAGAUCCACCAAGGGACAGUGGGCAAUCAACAAAUGGCCCUGAGCCUGAGCUGGAAUCUACGAUACUGGAUGACACUGGAGGGAGCAGAUCCCAUACCAUGGAUGAUUCGAACGGGCAGUCUUCUAUGGAUGUUAACAGAGAUCUGUCUUUUAUGGAUGUGGAUGCGAAUGGGAGAUCAUCCCUGGAUGAUGAUAGUAAAGGGAAGUACUCUUCUGAGUCACAUCCAGAAGUUCCCAUUGACAUGAGCUUGGGAAGUCUAGAGGAGUUCUGCAAGGAAGCCUCAAGGUCAUUUUUUGACGAGAUUGGUCUGAUUAGCCAUCAGUUGAAUUCCUACAACCAGUUUGUCUCGCAUGGGCUCCAGGAGCUUUUUCAUUCGCUAGGGGAAAUUACCGUCGAGCCGGAUUAUGAUCCUUCAAGGAAAGGACCAGGUGGUUGGAGGCAUGCCAUCAUCAAGUUUGGGAAAGUGGAACUACAUAAGCCUGUAUUUUGGUCUGAAAAAACUGAUUUUGCUGAGGAGUCACUCGUCCUCGAGCCGAGACAUGCUCGCCUCCAAAAUAUGACAUAUUCUUCCAAAAUGGAGGUAGAAGUGAAUAUCAAGGUUUAUUCUAUGGAGAAAAGUGACAAGGCUAAAACAGGGAAUGAUCUUUCUGUUCAGAGCAGAGUUCUUAUCAUGAACGAAACUACAACAAUGAAUAUUGGCCGCCUUCCAGUUAUGGUUAAUUCAAACUUAUGCUGGCUGCAUAAAGAUAAGAAAAGUGAGCAUAAAGAUAAGAAAAGUGGGCAUGCAGAUAAGGCAAUUGACUGCCUUUAUGAUUCUGGUGGAUACUUUUUGAUCAAGGGAAUGGAGAAGGUAUUCAUCGCGCAAGAGCAAAAAUGCUUGACCAGGAUUUGGGUUGCUGACCGGCCUUAUUGGACUGUCUCUUAUUUGUCUGAAAUCAGAAAAAGAAGAGUAUAUAUCACACUAAUUGAUUCUACAAAGAAUAAUGAUACCAGUGGGAGCAAAAUCAUUUCCUUCUCCUUUUUGUAUGCCAAUAUGCCUAUUUGGCUAAUGUUUUUUGCGCUGGGCGUAUCAUCUGACAAGGAAGCAUUUGAUAUGAUAGACAUGGGAGACUGUGAUGCUUCUGUCAUGAACGCGAUAUCUGCAACUAUUAGUGAAUCAGGUGAACUGUGUGAAGGCUUUCGCAAGUCCGAUAAAGCCCGCCAAUAUGUGGAUGAUUUGGUCAAGAGUCAAAAAUUUCCUCCAGCAGAGUCGUUUGAUGAUUAUGUUGCUAAGAAUCUGUUUCCUGGUAUAAGUGGGAAUAGGAAUAAAGCAUAUUUCUUAGGUUACAUGGUCAAAUGCCUUCUCAUGGCUUUUACUGGGAAGCGCAAAUGUGAUAAUAAGGAUGAUUUCAGGAACAAAAGGUUGGAGCUACCUGGUGAAUUGCUUGGAAGAGAACUUCGUGCACAUCUUAGGCAUGCAGAGAGACUCAUGGUUAAGGCCUUGCAGAGAGAUUUGAAUAGUGACCGCGAUUUAGAGUUUCCUCUGCGCUACCUUGAUGCUUCAGUUAUUACUAAUGGUAUAAAUCGUGCCUUUGCUACUGGUUCUUGGUGCCACCCCUUCAAAAGAAAUGAAAGAUGCUCAGGAAUUGUUGCAACGCUAAGGAGAACAAAUCCUCUUCAAAUGAUGUCAGACUUGAGGAAAAGUCGCCAGCAGGUUGCUUAUGCUGGGAAAGCUGGUGAUGCAAGAUAUCCCAAUCCGUCCUACUGGGGAAAGAUGUGUUUUAUGUCCACUCCUGAUGGUGAAAACUGUGGGCUUGUGAAAAAUCUAGCUGUGACUGCUAUUGUUAGCUGCAGAGUGGCACAGCCAUUGAUUGACAGAUUUAUUUCUUGUGGAAUGAAUAAACUGGAUGAAAUUCAUGCCGAGGAGAUUCCUAAAAUGGUUAAGAUCUUUCUCAAUGGCGAUUGGGUAGGAUCCUGUACUGAUCCAGCUUCAUUUGUCAUGCGUUUAAGGUGUAUGAGACGCGGUGGUCUGAUUGAUCCACAGGUUGAAAUCAAAAGGGACAAGCACCAACUUCCUGGAGAAGUACGGGUGUUCUCUGAUGCAGGGCGAAUCCUCAGACCUCUUCUUGUGGUUGAGAACCUAAAUAAAAUUACAAAACGGAAGGGCUGUCCUUACUCUUUUCAGACACUAGUGCAACAAGAAAUAAUUGAGUUCAUUGGUGUUGAAGAGGAGGAAGAUAUACAAUGUGCAUGGGGAAUUAGGCACCUAUUUCCGAGCAGUGGGCAGGAGGUUCCUGGUUAUACUCACUGCGAGCUGAAUGGAUCUUUUCUGUUGGGAUUAAGUUGUGGUCUUAUCCCUUUUGCAAAUCACAAUUUUGCUCGAAGGGUGCUGUACCAGUCGGAAAAACACUCACAGCAAGCUAUUGGAUACUCCACAACAAAUCCACGUACCAGAGUUGAUACUCUUUCCCAUCAACUUUACUACCCUCAGAAACCCCUUUUCAAAACAGUUACAGCUGAUUGUAUUGGGAGAUCAGAUUAUCCUUUUGGAAGAAAAGAUGGAUUUUCUAGGCCAGAGUAUUUCAAUGGACAAAAUGCGAUAGUGGCAGUCAAUGUUCAUCAGGGAUUCAACCAAGAGGAUUCCCUGGUUAUAAAUAGGGCUUCUCUUGAACGGGGCAUGUUCAGAACUGAGCUCAUACGGAGCUAUAAGGCAGAAGUAGAGACCAAAGAGCCCAUCAAACGGCUGAAAAUGAAGGAAAAGGUGAACUUUGGUAAAAUGGAAAGCAAGAGAGGGCGAGUUGACAAUCUUGAUGACGAUGGAUUACCAUACGUGGGUGCAAGUCUCCAGAGUGGAGACAUUGUCAUUGGGAAAGUGUCAGAAUCUGGUGAAGACCAUAGUAUUAAACUGAAGCAUACGGAAAAGGGAAUGGUCCAGAGAGUGUUGCUCUCAGCCAAUGACGAGGGGAAGAAUUUUGCUGUUGUGUCUUUAAGACAGGUUCGAUCUCCUUGUGUCGGAGAUAAAUUUUCUAGCAUGCACGGACAGAAAGGUGUUGUUGGUUUUCUAGAAUCCCAGGAGAACUUCCCUUUUACUUGCCAAGGAAUAGUUCCGGAUAUUGUGAUAAAUCCACAUGCCUUUCCUACCCGUCAAACUCCAGGCCAGCUGCUUGAAGCUGCUUUGGGGAAGGGAAUUGCUCUUGGUGGUAAAAUUAGAUAUGCAACGCCAUUCACAACAGCAUCACUUGAAGUGAUCUCGGAACAAUUGCACAAGGCUGGAUUUCAAAGAUGGGGAGCUGAAGGUGUUCUCAACGGCCAAAGUGGUGAAAGAAUGAAAUCCCUGAUUUUCAUGGGACCUAACUUCUACCAGAGGCUGACACACAUGUCCGAAGACAAGGUGAAAUUCCGGAACACGGGGCCAGUGCACCCCCUCACAAGGCAACCUGUCGCAGACAGGAAGAGGUUUGGAGGUGUGAAGUUUGGCGAGAUGGAGCGCGACUGCCUCCUUGCCCACGGAGCAGCUGCCAAUCUCCACGAGCGGCUCUUCAUGCUUAGCGACUUCUCAGAGAUGCAUGUGUGUCAGACGUGUGAACGGGCGGCGAACGUCAUCAUAAGGCCCGUCCAAGGAGGGAAGAAGAUCCGAGGUCCUUACUGUGGGUUCUGCCGGUCUUCGGAGAACAUAGUCAGGAUUGCCGUCCCCUACGGCGCGAAGCUGCUCUACCAGGAACUCUUCAGUAUGGGGAUCUGCCUCAAGUUCAAGACGGAAGUCUGCUAGAACUCCGUUGUCAGACUCAUGAUGUAUAUAGGUUAUCUAUGGUUAUGGACAUGUAUGCUAUGCGAAACCCCCUUGUGACAAUGGUGUUUGCAUUAGCUAGCUAUGAUGGGGUGAGCCCUGUGAUGCGAAGCUGCUCGUGAAGGAUAUCUUAAGCCGUGUGGGAUCUACCCUCCGGCCUGGGAAGUUGCGUUGAAACAUUAUAUUAGCUAGACCUGUUUUAAUGAACUUCCUCCUAAGUGACUGGAACUUUUGUCUA